ACUUUACUUUAUUUCACUUAAUUUAGCAAUUUUACAAUUUCCUCCGUUUGAGUUGACAUUAUAAUUUCGACACACUAUUUGAUAUAAUGGGUUACGACACUCCGUACUUUCCCCUUUUAUACAAGGAAUGAUUUUAUCCUACCCUAACAUUUUAAAUAGUGACUGACUGUGAGUAAACAUGUUGGAUUAUUAUUUUAUGAUUUUAUCUUUAUUUAUGUUAUUUGAAGGCGUCUGUGUUAAUUUAGAACGUCAACAACUCGGAUGUGACGUAAGUUGAACAUCAGAAAUCCGGGGUAAAUUGAAUGCGUCACUCCAAGCUUCUUUUUAUACGGUGGAAAACAAAGCCAGAAAACAUUGGGAUUUGUUUCAUUGACGUUUGCUAGUGGCGCCCCUUUAUUUAAAUGUAGCUGUGUCAGAAGAAGUGGACAACGACAUCGAUCAGUACGGUGUAAAUUCGAAGGUCCGCCAGCACGCCUCAUGAUACAUGCACAUUAAGGCUACUUAAUUACAUGCUAAGGAUGGCUAGUUGUGGGGAGGUAGACCACUCUGUUAGCUCACUUCCCCCAAGUAAGAAAGGCAGCGGCAGCAGCACCAGCAGCAAUGGUGCUGCUGGCAGUGGGAACAGUGCUGAAUCAUCAUGUUCUGGCUCCAACAACACAUCGCCAGCCGUCUCUGUACCAGAGUGCGCCAUCUGUCUGCAGAGCUGCGUCCACCCAGUGCAACUGCCAUGCCACCACAUCUUCUGUUUCCUCUGUGUGAAAGGGGCAUCCUGGCAGAGCAAACGCUGUGCCCUCUGCAGACAGGAAGUGCCAGAUGACUUCAUGGAAAGGCCCACACUUCUGUCUCCGGAGGAGCUGAAAGCGUCAGCGGGGGGUCGUGGCGGGGAAGUGAACGAUCACGCCUGGUAUUACGAGGGCCGCAACGGUUGGUGGCAGUAUGAUGUGCGAACCAGCCGUGAGCUGGAGGACGCUUUCUCCAAGGGCAAGAAGACGGCGGAAAUGCUCAUCGCCGGGUUUUUGUAUGUAGCCGACUUGGAGAACAUGGUGCAGUACAGGCGUAAUGAGCACGGACGUAGACGCAAGAUGAAGCGGGAUGUUUUGGAUAUUCCCAAGAAGGGAGUGGCUGGACUGCGUUUGGACACAGAGGGUGUCACAGGGGCAAUCGGGGCAGUGGGUCGAGAAAACUCUGCCGAUGGAGCCGAUACAACAGCAGCAGGUGUACAACAGCAGGGCACUGGCAUCUCAUCUGCUCCGCCAGCUCCUCCACCCACUUUGAGACCUCAAACUUCCUUGGGCGGUCGACCUGGCAGCAGCAGCCCCUCUUUAGAAGAGGCGCUCUCACAACUCCAAGUCAGCCACAGGCCCACUCCAUCAUGCGAGCGAUCUGGCGCUGGUGAAGGAGAGGACGAAGACGAAGAGGAGGUAGCGGCUUCACCCUCCGGGUCUUCUGACCGUCACACCUCCGUGGACGAAUCCGGCUCUGGAGACUGGAGCGAUGAUGAGGAAGAAGAGGAUCAUAAUGAAGAAGCGCAGGGGGGAGGCGACUGUGAGCACAUGGAGCUGAUGGAGGGUCGGUCGCAGAGGCAAAGACUGAACCGAGAGGACCGAGCCCUUCCUGGAGCAGAGUCCACUUCCCACCCUUCGUCAUCUGCAAGUGAAAGGUCCCGAAUGCCUGAUGGUCAGUGUACAGUGACUGAAGUGUGAACUUUUUCCUUUCUCAAAUAACUCUGUUCUGUUCCGCUCCAUUAAUUUAUUCUAUCCUUUGUGCGCUCAUUCACUCUCACUGCUCACAAACUGACCCAUGUUUUCCAGCGGCAAGAGUAGUAAUGACGAUCUGUGACAUGUUAGAGGGAGCAUGAAUGAGUCAUUUGGAACUGCAUCAUCCUCAACGUGAAUAGCUGCAUUUUAAUUAUUAACUCUCUCAGCUAACAUUUCACACACAUCAAGCGCUCCUUCUCUUUCACAACUCUCAACCUACUGGAUUAGUUUGCUUCAGGUUUUACCAAAUAGUGAAUUUUCAGUGCAUUUUUACAUGUGAAAUCAUCUUGAGGCAGGUUGUGUUUUCUCUAUCACCCUUGAGGAACAUAAUUCAUAUUUAAUAUCUUGCAACAUUGUAAAGUCUGCAACGUACUAAAUAUUUCACUGCCUAUUGAUGUUUAUCGGCAUCGGAUCGCUCAACUGCAGCAAAGUACUUUUUUUUUUUUUUUUUUUUUU